GGGUGUUUGUGUUUGGGGGGGGGGAGGCUUGCGGCUAGGCUAGCAAACGGUGCGGCAGGGCUGAUCCCUCAGUGCAUGCUCACUGGAUUGAUUCUUCGCGCCAUCGCCGCUCCCUCGAUCCAUCGAUCGAGCAAAAUAUUUUGACCUGGUCCCAGGAAAUUAGGGUUUGGGGGGAGCGGGCGGCAGUGUCAAUCGUGUUGCGCUCGCGAAUCGGAGAUAGGGUUUGCGAAUUCGGCUGGAGCGAUGACAGUCAUGGCGGCGCCUCUAGAGGAAGAUGAGAGCAUGCUGGUGUCCGGCAAGGUGAACGACAGCAUCGAGGCAAUGGAAGUUGUAGGGCAAACCGAGACGGUGAGCAGUGCAGACAACCAGGUUGUAGAGGACCCGCUGUCUGGAAAGUUUUCGUGGCAAAUCCCAAACUUUUCGAGAAUUACUAUGAGGAAGCACUACUCUGACACCUUCAUCAUCGGGGGGUAUAAGUGGCGUAUCCUUGUCUUCCCCAAAGGAAACAAUGUCGACCAUCUGUCCAUCUACCUCGACGUUGCGGAUUCUGCGACUUUGCCUUACGGCUGGACUAGAUUCGCGCAAUUCAGCCUGGCGGUCAUUAACCAGUUCGAGCAGAAGCUGAGUAUGCGCAAAGAUACUCAGCACCAGUUCAACUCUCGUGAGAGCGACUGGGGUUUUACCUCUUUCAUGUCACUGCACGAACUUUACGACUCGUCUAGAGGAUACCUUGUAAAUGAUACGGUUUGUAUAGAGGCGGAUGUAAAUGUUCGGAAGGUGAUGGAUUACUGGGCUUACGAUUCGAAGAAGGAGACUGGUUUCGUUGGGUUGAAGAAUCAGGGUGCGACCUGCUACAUGAACUCACUACUUCAGACGCUUUACCACAUUCCUUACUUCCGUAAGGCAGUGUACCAUAUGCCCACGACCGAGAACGAUGUUCCCUCAAAUAGCAUUCCACUGGCUUUACAGAGCCUCUUUUACAAGCUGCAAUACAGUGACACGAGUGUGGCUACGAAGGAUUUAACAAAGUCCUUUGGGUGGGAUACGUACGACUCCUUUAUGCAGCACGAUGUCCAGGAGUUGAACCGUGUGCUCUGCGAGAAGUUGGAGGAUAAGAUGAAAGGAACCGCUGUUGAAGGAACGAUUCAACAGCUUUUUGAGGGUCAUCAUAUGAACUACAUCGAAUGCAUCAACGUCGAUUACAAAUCUACGCGGAAAGAGUCAUUUUAUGAUUUGCAAUUGGAUGUCAAGGGCUGCAAGGACGUGUAUGCGUCAUUUGACAAGUAUGUGGAGGUUGAGAAACUUGAGGGGGAUAAUAAGUACCAUGCCGAACAGAAUGGUUUGCAGGAUGCUAAGAAAGGAGUGCUCUUUAUAGAUUUUCCACCUGUUCUCCAGUUACAACUGAAGAGAUUUGAAUAUGAUUUCACUCGCGACACGAUGGUCAAGAUUAAUGAUAGGUACGAGUUUCCUUUGGAGUUGGACUUGGACAGAGAAGACGGGAAGUAUUUGUCCCCUGACGCAGAUAGAAGUGUGCGGAAUCUAUAUACUUUACACAGUGUCCUGGUUCACAGCGGAGGGGUUCACGGAGGACACUAUUAUGCUUUUAUCCGGCCUACACUUUCCGAUCAAUGGUACAAGUUCGACGAUGAACGGGUGACAAAGGAGGAAGUUAAAAGGGCUUUUGAGGAGCAGUAUGGUGGAGAAGAGGAAUUGCCACAGACCAAUCCCGGAUUUAACAACCCUCCUUUCAAAUUUACGAAGUACUCCAAUGCAUACAUGCUUGUAUAUAUCAGAGAGAGCGAUAAGGACAAGGUUAUCUGCAAUGUAGACGUGAAAGAUAUUGCUGAGCACUUGCAGGUGCGCUUGAAGAAAGAGCACGAAGAGAAAGAACGGAAACGGAAGGAGAAAGCCGAGGCUCAUCUGUAUACAGUAAUCAAGGUUGCUCGUGAGGAGGAUUUGAAAACACAGAUUGGCAAGGACAUCUUUUUCGACCUUGUUGAUCAUGAGAAAGUGCGUAGCUUCCGCAUACAGAAGCAGAUGCCGUUUACUCAGUUCAAGGAAGAGGUUGCCAAGGAGUUUAAAGUUCCCGUUCACUGUCAACGAUUCUGGCUGUGGGCUAAGCGGCAAAACCACACCUACCGUCCAAAUCGACCAUUAACUGAGCAGGAAGAGGCACAAAGUGUGGGUCUUUUGAAGGAAGCUUCGAAUAAGGCCCAUAAUGCCGAGCUGAAACUGUUUCUUGAGGAGCGGCCGGAGGUGCCUAGCCUUUUAGUUCUCGAAAAGGCGAAGGAUGAAAUCUUGCUGUUUUUGAAGUUCUAUGACCCGGAACAAACCGAACUACGCUACGUGGGCAAACUUUUCGUGAAACAAGGGGGAAAACCUGCUGAUAUUUUGGAAAAGUUAAACGAGCUGGCUGGAUUCGCGGCAAACACUGAGGUUCAAAUAUUUGAAGAAAUAAAGUUUGAACCAAAUGUGAUGUGCGAACCCGUGGACAAAAAACUUACUUUCAAGGCGAGUCAGCUCGAGGAUGGAGAUAUCCUAUGUUAUCAGAAGGCCCUUUCACCUCAGGAUGAAGGGCGAUUCCGUUAUCCGGAUGUUCCUUCUUUUCUAGAAUAUGUGCGAAACAGACAGGUGGUUCACUUCAGACGACUUGACAGACCUAAAGAGGAUGAGUUUUGCCUGGAACUGUCAAAGCAACAUACUUACGACGACGUUGUUGAGAGAGUGGCUACGAAACUAGAGCUGGAUGAUGCCUCCAAAAUUCGAUUAACAGCACAUAACUGCUAUUCUCAACAGCCGAAGCCACAACCGAUUAAAUACCGGGGUGUAGAACAUCUAAGCGACAUGCUCGUGCAUUACAACCAGAGCUCGGAUAUUCUUUAUUUUGAAACCUUGGACCUACCACUUCCAGAACUGCAAGGUUUGAAGACACUAAAAAUCGCUUUUCAUAAUGCUAGAACUGAAGAGGUGUCUGUACACAACGUACGGCUUCCUAAGAAUAGUACGGUUGGCGAUGUUAUCAAUGAAUUGAAGGGUCUAGUUGAGCUGUCGAAUCCGGAUGCGGAGCUCAGAAUUUUGGAAGUCUUCUAUCACAAGAUUUACAAGAUUUUUCCUGCAAAUGAGAAGAUCGAAAAUAUCAACGACCAAUACUGGACUCUUAGAGCUGAAGAGAUUCCGGAGGAAGAGAAAAAUUUGGGUCCUCAAGACCGAUUGAUCCAUGUCUACCACUACACACGGGAUGCCGUCCAAAACAACAUGGUUCAAAACUUUGGAGAGCCAUUCUUUCUAGCCGUGCGCGAGAACGAGACUCUGGCGGAGGUCAGAGACCGUAUCCAAGCCAAACUACAAGUACCUGACGAUGAAUUCUCCAAGUGGAAGUUUGCUUUCCUUUCGUUGGGGCGGCCGGAUUACCUACACAAUGGUGACAUUGUUGCUAGUCGCUUUCAGAAGCGGGAUGUCUAUGGUGCUUGGGAGCACUACCUGGGUUUGGAGCACUCGGACACAGCACCAAAGCGUUCUCAUCUUGCUAGUCAGAACCGACACGCAUUUGAGAAGCCAGUGAAGAUCUACAAUUGAGAUAGUUUGGGUGGAGCACACAUUUUUGACGUGGGAAGAAAAGGAACUUAAAAAAAAAAAGAGGAAGGCAAAUGGAAUGCCGGGGUCAAGGGCACAGUGGGAUUUAACUUCCAAAGCAAAGCAAAGUUGCGCUUCCACACCUUUCUGUGGGCUCUCUUCUCUUUCGCUCUAUAUUUUUUUCGUUUUCUUUUUUCCUUGGUUAAUUGUUUUUGGGAUGGGGGUUAUGUACAUCUUGUAUUGAGCUCAUGUUUUGAACAAAUAGAUAAUCUCACUCGCGUUUGUUA